GUUCUCAAAGUCUUUGCCUUGAAACUUUAACGCUUACUUCAACAAGUUCGCGAGUUUCACUGUUUCUUGUACUUCUCUUUCACGAAACUUUAACGCUUACUUCAGUGAGUUCGCGAGUUUCACUGUUCCUU